GUAGCGGUCGGUCGCUGCGCGCUGGCGUCUGGGAGCUGGAAUUUGGGGAGUGGAAAUCCUGCUGUUACUUUCGCCGCUCGCCUCGUAAUCCUGACAUUUCUCCUGUGUCCGUCAGCCGCUGCGCAUUGAGAGAAAGACAGACAGAGAGAGAGAAAGAGAGAGAACAGCGAAAGGCGAAAAGCUGAACUGAACGGAGGAGUAAAAUCUGGGAAUCGGCGCUCCGGUGUUUUCAUGUGGUUGGUUUUCACUGAGUGACGAUUAACUAGUGAUCAUUUUUUCGCUCAUUCUUGGAAGUAAAUCUAACGAUCCAGUUUAAGAAGUAAAGGGUUUGAUCAGCGACAGAGAGCGCACAGCUGCCACUUUUGGCGACUGGAUUUUCCCUUUUCAAUCAUCGCCUGUUUUCUGCGUUUGGAUUAUUUUUUCCCCCUCAGGAGAUGGCAAGUUGUUCCCUGACAGAGGCAGGGAUCCGAUGCUGAAGCUCGCAGGAUGCUGGGGACCCUAGUACACCCACACCAGUUUCUCUUACUUUGAGACAUUUUUUUUUUGGUUAUAUUUUGUCACCUCGGAAGGGAAAAAACAAGAAACCCACAAAGGAAUUUCCCCCACCUUGUCUGUAUUUUCUUUGUCUUUGGCAGAAUGUUUGUGCUGUACAAUCUGAGGAUGCCUUGUGGAUUGCUAUUGUUCCUUUUCGUCCAAGUCAUCCUCGUUGCUGCGUUGACACAGACCGAUAAAUGCGGGGAUAAUAUCGAGAUCAACAGCGCGGACUACCUGACGUCUCCAGGCUAUCCUGGAGCCUACCCGCCCUCCCAGCAGUGCGUCUGGGUGAUCACAGCACCCGAGCCCGGCCAGAAGAUCCUCAUCAACUUCAAUCCGCAUUUUGAUCUGGAGGACAGAGACUGCAAGUACGACUAUGUUGAGGUCUACAACGGCGGGGACGAGAUGUCGCCCAUGUUGGGAAAGUUUUGCGGGAAGAUCGCACCCUCGCCCAUCAUCUCCAGCGGCAGCCAGCUCCUCAUCAAGUUUGUCUCCGACUACGAGACCCACGGGGCGGGGUUCUCCGUUCGUUACGAGGUCUUCAAGACAGGUCCAGAAUGUUCCAGGAACUUCACGGCUCCCCGGGGGGUCAUCAAGACGCCGGGCUUCCCGGAGAAGUACCCCAACAACCUGGACUGCACCUUCAUGAUCUUCGCCCCCAAGAUGUCGGAGAUUGUGGUGGAGUUUGACAGCUUCGACAUGGAGCCCGACACCACGCCGCCGCCGGGAGCCCUCUGCCGCUACGACUGGCUGGAGAUCUGGGACGGCUUCCCUGCAGUGGGUCCUCACAUCGGCCGGUACUGUGGCCAGACGUCGCCGGGGCGGGUGAUCUCCUACACCGGCAUCCUGUCCAUGACCAUCACCACCGACAACGCCAUCGCCAAGGAGGGAUUCUCCGCCAACUACACCGUCCGAGAGAGGAGCCUCCCUCCGGGACACACAGACGAAGACUUUGCCUGCAUGGAGCCGCUGGGCAUGGAGUCGGGGGAGAUUUCCUCGGAGCAGAUCAGCGCCUCGUCCCAGUACAACUCCAACUGGUCACCGGAGCGCUCGCGUCUCAACUACCGGGAGAACGGCUGGACCCCGUCAGACGACACCGUCAGGGAGUGGAUUCAGGUGGAUCUGGGAUUUCUCCGGUUUGUCUCGGCCAUCGGCACACAGGGCGCCAUCUCCAAAGAGACCAAGAAGCGCUACUUUGUUCGCUCCUACAAAGUGGACCUGAGCUCCAACGGGGAGGACUGGAUCACCGUGAAGGAGGGCUCGAAGCAGAAGAUCUUCCAGGGGAACCACAACCCGACGGACGAGGCUCGGUCCUUCCUGCCCAAGCAGACUCUGGCUCGCUACAUCCGCAUCCGCCCGAUGUCCUGGGAGCAAGGCAUCUGCAUGCGCUUCGAGAUCUACGGCUGCAGAACUUCAGACUACCCAUGUUCAGGAAUGCUGGGCAUGGUGUCCGGUCAGGUCUCCGACGCCCAGAUCACCGCCUCGUCCCACGCCGACAGGGGCUGGGUGGCCGAGAACGCCCGUCUGCUGACCGGGAGGUCAGGCUGGACCCAGCAGCAAACCAGGCAGCCCUUCAAGAACGAGUGGCUGCAGGUGGACCUGGGCCAGGAUAAGAUGGUGAGCGGCGUGGUGAUCCAGGGGGGGAAACACCGCGACAGGAACGUCUUCAUGAAGAGGUUUAAGGUGGGCUACAGCCUGGACGGAGACGAAUGGACCAUGGUGAAGGAGGACAACACCACCAGGCCCAAGAUCUUCACAGGGAAUCAGAACCACGACACACCGGAGCUGCGGGCCGUCGGGCCGCUGCUGACCCGCUUCGUCCGGAUCUACCCGGAAAGAGCCACCAACGAAGGCCUGGGUCUCAGACUGGAGCUGCUGGGCUGCGAGCUGGAGGAGCCGACGACUAUCCCGCCUCCCACCACACCAGUCUCCUCUACGCACCCCCUGACCACGUUUGGUGCGACCACCACAGCGCCGAUCACCGUCCCCGGUACGACUACGGCUGCCAGAUGUGAGGGGGGACAACAGGACUGUCCCGGUGAGGUCGAGGAACCCGAGGACAGUGACCCAGGGAUAGGAGGAACCACAGUGUCCGACCCCAUCAUGGACUUCAUACCAGAGUACCUGUGGUUUGCCUGUAACUUUGACUUCUCGUCAUACUGCGGUUGGACCAGAGAGAGCGGCACGGGCGCUGAGUGGCUCAUCCAGACCAACGGAGCGCCGGCAAUUCACAAAGUACCCACCUUGGACCACACAGGAGGACCGGGGAACUUCAUCUACAUGCAGCUCUCAGAAACGCCGAGCGACGGCAACGAAGACGAGGAGGAAGAGGAGGAGGAGGGGGAGAAGGCGGCGAGGUUGGCCAGCCUGCCCAUCACGGCGCCCGACACCGACCUGUGCAUGUCCUUCUGGUAUCACAUGUUCGGCGAGCACGCGGGCGCCCUGCACAUCAAGCAGAGGAAGGAGGCGGAGGGAGGGCAGAUCCUGUGGACGGUCAGCGGCCACCAGGGCAGCCGCUGGAGAGAAGGACGAGUGUUACUGCCCCACUCCAGCAUCUCCUACCAGGUGGUGGUGGAGGGCGUCGCAGACAGACGCAGCAUGGGCCACAUCGCUGUGGACAACAUCCAGAUCAUAGACGUGCUCAACGCCGAGGAGUGCAAAGAUCCAGAAGCUCCUACGUCUUCGCCAACUGAGAUCUUCAUCCUUCCCAUGGACUCCUUCUCGCAGGAGACCCGGGAGCUCGGCAGCCCGGGCAACAUGCUGAAGACGCUGGACCCCAUCCUCAUCACCAUCAUCGCCAUGUCGGCCCUGGGCGUCUUCCUGGGCGCCAUCUGCGGCGUGGUCCUCUACUGCGCCUGCUCGCAGGGCAGCAUGACGGACAGGAACUUAUCCGCCCUGGAAAACUAUAACUUUGAGCUGGUGGACGGCGUCAAGCUAAAGAAGGACAAGAUGAACGGACAGAGCAACUACUCAGAGGCGUGAGGGGAAAGCGGCGCGGGGCUCCGACGCUCCGAGGAGACACUUAAUGCAGCCAAUCAGCGAGAGGAACGGGGGCUGAAGCCACCGAUGGGACGGCAGGGCGGGCUGAAAAUGAUUGAGCCGAUGUAAUUUUUUUUCUCAGGAGCUGCAGUGGAAGGGACUGACCUGUAGGGGGCACUGUGUAUAAAGAAUCUGUACAGCGAAAAAAAGAAAACUAAGGAUUAUAUUUGUUUUCUCGGUGUGCUUUGUUGAUUUCAUGUAAUCACAUGCUGGUGUUGAGACCAAUUCAGAUGAAAGUAUUUAUCGUUUGUGUACUUUUAUGGAAAGAUAAGAAUUGAUUUUUUUUUUUUUUUUUUUUUUUCCAGAGGUCAUUGUUUCACGGAAAGAGCCGAAUGUGUGAACUUCGAUUUGCUAUCCUGAUAUCUGGCUCUUGGGCUGACCAUGAUAUGUUCCUGUGUGUGUGUGUGUGUGUGUGUGUGUGUGUUACAGUGACAUACACUUGUAUACAUGGAGUGUAUGUGUGAUUCCGUCUUCAUUUAUGUGUGUGUGUGUGUGUGUGUGCAUUACACUCAUGUUGACCUGUUUAGCAUGAAGUGUUUUGUCAGUCUGAGUGUGUGUGUUUGUGUGUGUGUGUGUGUGUGUCCAUUUAAGGUGGGGGGAGUGGGGGUACCAUCCCGGCCCCGUUGACCUGUGUCUAGUUCCGACAGUGCCUUUUUUUUCCUCAGACUUUUCUGUUGCCUUGUUUUCUGCUGGUUGUUUUCCCAUCAAAGCAGCACGUUGGCAUCGGCUGGCAUGUCGUCCAGGGUUCCUACACGAGGCUGGAAAAGCCUGGAAAGAGAAUUUGAUACGUUCCAUGCUGUGAAAAAAAAAAAAAAAAAAAAAAAAAAAGCAAGAACAGGACAGGUGUGAUGAUUUUUUUUUUUUUCCGUAGGCGUUCACUUCCGGCCGUCGUUUCACAUUUUGCGGUAUUUUUCUGGCGUGGAGAACAAUCUUCAGCUGUAGAUUUAGAUCACCUAGACGACAGUCACGCUCAACACCAACCAAAAUGUUGAAAAACAAGUCAAGAAAUUACGAUUUGGGGGGUCUGGAAAGUGUUUUGGUGGAAAAAAAAGUAUGGACUUCAGGAAGGGAGGAAGUGUAGGAACCCUGUUUGCCUCCUUUUCAUGGCACAUGACACAUCCAACAUAUUGUACAUAGGUUUUAAUAUAUUUGGGCGCCCUUUUCUAUAGAAAAAGACACAAGUGCUGCAGUAUCCUUUCUUACGGCGGAAUCAGAAUCACUCUGAGCUCAAACAAAUGUACAGGAACUUUUGUCUCGAUGUUCGUUUUAACACAAAUGCAAGCGGAGACGGACGACAAAAACCACCGUUUGUGUUUGCUUUAAAAGUUGUGUUUUUGUUUUUUUUUGUUUUUUUUUUUAAUUUCUUGAGUUUUUCAGAUGACGGCAGUGGCUUUAAGAUCAUGGAGAAAUGCCUCAUGGGGGAUGACGUUUUUGUACAGGGUAAAAUGGAAAAAACCAAUACAUCCAGUGCUACUGUGAGAGACUGGCAGCACGUCGGGGACAUGGAUCGUCCCGGGACACCGUGACUUCACCUUCAAGCUCACUGGCACAAGAGUUGACUGUUAAGCCAAUAAACUAAAUCUUGGCCAGUGGUCUGAGGAGUUUCAGAAAACUUCACAUCCCCGGACGGCUCGUCAUCAUCGACGGCAAGAAUAUUGUUUUGGAAAAGCCUCUGAAUCCGCCCGGCUCGCCUGAAAACCCAGUCAAUCAACGUCCUGACAGUACUGUUUGUAUUUUUCAUGAAUGUGUUUCCAGUGUUGACUAUCAGAGGGGGGCAUGAGGUAAUCUAUCAACUUUAUGGGCGACUAGUAAGAACUGCAACAGCAUUCCCUUGAGCUACGGUGGCCUGCAGCUGACAUAAACAGGACGGUCACAUUUUUACCAUAGAGACAAGUCUAAUUAGCUAAUCAGAGCUGAGAUUUGAUAGAAAUUUCCGGCGAAGAGGUGAUACAUCAGGAUGCAGAAUUUGAAACGCUUUCUCGGUUGCUGUGUUGGCCCGACAGUGAGGCCUUGUAGCCUUUGUAGCUGAGAAAUCUUGCGGUGCUACUCGCUCACUGGCUUCCCUCAUGAAAACUGCAACGGGCGGAGAGUUUUUAAUCACCGGACACAAACAAAAAAAAAUCCUUACAGGCUUGAAAGUGAGUUUCGAAAGCCAGGGGUUGCAGCACCUGACCGAUCCUAUCAAGUCUUCAUGACACAGGGGGCAGUAAAAGUCUUUAAGUUUGGUGAAAGCGCAGGUGUUAUUGAGUGAUUGUGGUGAUUUGAUCUAAUGUAGCAUCGUGUGCCAUCCAGUGAGGUCAAAAUGUAAAGCGAAAACCGCCAAUGGCCUCAAUUUCUUCAAGAUCGGAUGCAUGAAGCCGAGGGGAAAUUUUUUUUUUACGGUUUUGAUUUUCGAGAAACAUCCUGGUUGUGGUUCAGUUUGAAGCCACCGCUGCUCGCUGUCACCUCAGCAACGAGAGUUCAAACCAAGUUGCUGUCUGACUCACUGAGGGAACUCCUCUGAUCACACGAAGGUGCUGUAGUUGCUCUGGAUGCUCAUCACUCGUGUUUUUUUUUUUUUUUUUUAAUUAAACCCUCCACUGGAUCACUCUGUCGGUCCAAUAAAAAAUGCAUGUGUUCACGAUCCAAACAGGAAAAAAAAAAAAAUCUCGAUUCAGUCUGACUUUAAAGGGAUGGGGGUGAGGACCGUGCUGUGUGUUUCUGAUGUUUCAGCCAGGCGUUAAUUAGGGCUCCUGCCCCUUUAAACGAGAAAGGAUGCUGCAGCGCUACACGUGAAAACAAAUGUUGCACUGAUAUAUUUAAAAAGAUCUAUGUGUUUAUGAUGUUGAUGUAUGAAAAGAGAGAAAGAAGGAAGGAGAAGACAGUGUUAUUGUUGACUCUUUUUUUUUUUUUAACAUGGUUUCAGAUGACAUGGUGUAAUUCUGAAAUGUACAAUUUUACGGAGCUGUUUUUCAUUCUCGAAAAAGCUUAUACGCGUCUCUUUGAAACGUAACAGUUUUAUUUACUUGGUAUAAUAUCACCUUGUGUUUUUGUACCGUCACUGAUGUACGUGCCAUCGUUUUACUUUUUCUUUCUAUGAUGAAGAGAUUGUUUUAUUUUCAAUACUGCUUCUGUAAUUUUUGCUGUCUCAGAUCUAGAAAAAAAAAAUAAGAAAGGAAAGAAGGAAGUUUUAAAAAAAAAAAUGGACAAGCAGUGAGGCCUUAAGUGACUAAAAGUAUUGUUUGUACUUUAACUUUCUG